UUAAGGGCUGCUGUAUGUAAAUUCCACAAAAAUGCUUCUUUGCUAAAAAAAAAAAAAGAAAGAAAGAAAAGGGAGAGACGGGUUUGGAAUGGUUGGUUUAGACCGGAAAGCACAGCUCCACCUGGUCGACACUGGAGACCUUCCCACGGAGUUGGUCUUGAGGACUGGGAUCCUUUGGCUUCCUGAUGUCGCCUGCAUUGGCUCUGCCCACUGCGCUUACUGAAAUUUGACAGAAGAAAUGGCCACAAAAGAAACCUUUCCAUGAAACUGCCAGUAAGGACUUCACAUAUCCAUUCCGCAGAAACUCCCUGCACUGCUUUGACGAGCCUGGCAGGGUGGUGAACGCUCUCCCCGCUGGCCGUGUCCCCGUGAAUCUCCCAGCAGCCCUCGAGAUUUCUUUAUAGGAUUUAGCUGAUUGCUAAAGUCAUGUUUUAACCUUGGUGAAGAUUAUUGCCUGUGGGCAGUCCUUCUAAACUGGAAUAUAAAAGACUUCAUAUUACAUUUUAAGGGUUCUGAAAUCAAAGAUCUUGAGAUUCAUCAUGGCAGGAAAAUCAUCGCUUUUUAAAGUAAUUCUCCUUGGAGAUGGUGGAGUUGGGAAGAGUUCUCUAAUGAACAGAUACGUGACUAACAAGUUUGAUACCCAGCUCUUCCAUACGAUAGGUGUGGAGUUUCUGAAUAAAGAUCUGGAAGUGGAUGGCCAUUUUGUUACCAUGCAGAUUUGGGACACGGCUGGUCAGGAGCGAUUCAGAAGCCUGAGGACGCCAUUUUACAGAGGUUCUGACUGUUGCCUGCUGACUUUUAGUGUCGAUGAUUCUCAGAGCUUCCAGAACUUGAGUAACUGGAAGAAAGAAUUCAUAUAUUAUGCGGAUGUGAAAGAGCCUGAAAGCUUUCCUUUCGUGAUUUUGGGUAACAAGAUUGACAUCAGCGAACGGCAGGUGUCUGCAGAAGAAGCUCAAGCCUGGUGCAGGGACAACGGCGACUAUCCUUACUUUGAAACGAGUGCAAAAGAUGCCACAAAUGUCGCAGCGGCCUUUGAGGAAGCAGUUCGAAGAGUGCUUGCCACUGAGGAUAGGGCGGAUCACUUGAUUCAGACAGACACCGUCAGCCUGCACCGAAAGCCCAAGCCCAGCUCCUCGUGCUGUUGAUGGUUCGAGAGGGAGGCUGUCCUGUGAUCUAACCAACUCACACACACACAGAUAAGCACACUGUGGAGAAGAGAAUUAGCGUUGCAGCAAUGAAACGUUCUCCUAAAACUAAACUAACCAUAUUGCUGCCUCAUGGGUGGGUGGGAGAAGGGACACAGCCACUCACAGGAGAAUCUGUUUACUCAGUAUGGCACCUUACGUUUAUCAACUGUAACGGUUGUCUAAUAAUGUUUAAUUUAAAUAUGUAAGUUACCGAACUAAUGAGAUGACCAAGACUAUAAUUAUAAUUAAAACAAAACACUUGAGGAUUCUAGAAGUUACUGUCUUUUUCCUGGGAAAUUGGAGAACUACUUUUUCUAUGUGUAUAUUUUUAUGUAAUUAGCAUUCUGUCCCUGGUUUAGGGAAAACAUGUCCUAAGCAAUAAUGUUAGAUAUUAAAGAUUAAAAUCUAA